UGGGAUUCGGGGUUUCCUCCGCCUCCUCCUCCUCUUCCUCCUCCUCCUCCGCCGCCGCCGCCGCCGCCGCAGCAGCCCCGGGAUUUCGGUGCGGGGGGGACGCGCACAAAGGUGCGGCGCGAUGCUCGACCUCGGACCCCCGGCACAGCCGCCCGUCCCGUGAGCGGCCCCCCCAUGUGCAGCCCCCCUCCGGCGCCCGCCCAGCUGGAUGCAGUCCCCAGCGGAGGCUCAGGAUGCCCCAAGUGCCUCGGUGACCGCCGGGACGGGGGACAGCACCCGCCUGCAGCCGCCUCGCCCCGACCUCGCCGGCGGGCGAGCCCUUUUCUCCUGAGACGAGCCCGGCCAGGUGAUCAAAAUAGAGUCCCUCAAGGUGACGGUUGACUUCUUGAAGGUGCCCCUGGGCCUGAAGAAGCCCCCUCUGAAGGAGGCCCUGGCCGCUGUCCCGGGGCCGGGGAGACCCAAGCCCCUCGGCGUGGAGCGGCACAAGCCCCGGCGCCCCGACACCAUGGACAAUGAGUCGCAAUACUCGGGAUAUUCCUACAAGUCCGGGCAUUCCCGCAGCUCCCGCAAGCACAGGUGAGGAGUCAGGGUGUGCCCUGGGGGUCCCCUAGCUACAAUGGGUGCCCCCCUCCCCGGUGCACCCACGCUGCACCCUUCUUUUGCCUUCCAGGGACCGGCGGACCGGCAUCGCUCGAAAAGCCGGGACGGGAGCCGCGGGGACAAGUCGGUGACCAUCCAAGCACCAGGCGAGCCCCUGUUGGACAAUGAAUCGACGCGGGGGGACGAGAGGGAUGACAACUGGGGUGAGACCACCACGGUGGUGACGGGGACGUCAGAGCACAGCAUCUCGCACGAUGACAUCACCCGCAUCACCAAGGACAUGGAGGACAGCGCCCACCUGGACUGCUCCCGGCACCUGGGCGUCUCGCUGGCCGGGGCGCUGGCGCUGCUUGCCUUCCUCACCCCCCUCGCCUUCAUGCUCCUGCCCCAGCUGCUGUGGCGGGAGGAGCUGGAGCCCUGCGGGACACCCUGCGAGGGGCUCUUCAUCUCCGUGGCCUUCAAACUCCUCAUCCUCCUGCUGGGCAGCUGGGCUCUCUUCUUCCGUCGCCCCAAAGCCUUCUUCCCUCGCGUUUUCGUCUUCCGAGCGUUGCUCAUGGUGCUCGUCUUCCUCCUCGUCGUCUCCUACUGGCUUUUCUAUGGCGUGCGCAUCCUGGACUCGCGGGACCGCAACUACCAGGGGGUGGUGCAGUACGCCGUCUCGCUGGUGGACGCGCUGCUCUUCGUGCACUACCUGGCCGUGGUGCUGCUGGAGCUGCGCCAGCUCCAGCCCCAGUUCACCCUCAAAGCCGUCCGCUCCGCCGACGGCGCCAGCCGCUUCUACAACGUCGGCCACCUCAGCAUCCAGCGAGCAGCCGUGUGGAUCCUGGAGAAUUAUUACCACGAUUUCCCGGUCUACAACCCUGCCCUCCUCAACCUGCCAAAAUCCGUCCUGUCCAAGAAAAUGUCCGGGUUUAAAGUCUAUUCCCUCGGCGAGGAAAACACAACGAACAACUCCACGGGCCAGUCGCGGGCUGUCAUCGCGGCGGCCGCCCGGAGGCGCGACAACAGCCACAACGAGUAUUACUACGAGGAGGCAGAGCACGAGCGCAGGGUGCGGAAACGCCGCGCCAGGCUGGUGGUGGCGGUGGAAGAAGCCUUCACCCACAUCAAGCGGCUGCAGGAGGAGGACCAGAAGAACCCGCGGGAGAUCAUGGACCCGCGGGAGGCGGCUCAGGCCAUCUUCGCCUCCAUGGCCCGGGCCAUGCAGAAGUACCUGCGCACCACCAAGCAGCAGCCCUACCACACCAUGGAGAGCAUCCUGCAGCACCUCGAGUUCUGCAUCACCCACGACAUGACGCCCAAGGCGUUCCUUGAGCGGUACCUGACGGCCGGGCCCACCAUCCAGUACCACAAGGACCGCUGGCUGAAGCAGUGGACGCUGGUCAGCGAGGAGCCGGUGACGAACGGCCUGAAAGAUGGGGUGGUCUUCGUGCUGAAGCGCCAGGACUUCAGCCUCGUGGUGAGCACCAAGAAGAUCCCCUUCUUCAAGCUCUCGGAGGAGUUCGUGGACCCCAAGUCGCACAAGUUCGUCAUGAGGCUGCAGUCGGAGACCUCCGUGUGAGCUGAAGAGGGAUGGAGAGGGGUCGGGGGGGGAGGACCCUCUGCGCACCCUCCGUCUCAUCCUCCCCGUCUCUCCCGGGGCUUAGGGAGGCCAUGGCUGGAGGAAAGGACUGCGGCAGGCGCACGCCCAGCUCCAUCGCCUACCUGUGAUCACUCGCCCUCUGCCUCGGCUUGGUCCCCGUUGGGGUGGGCUGAGCCCUUUCCUCCUCCUCCUCCUCCUCCUCCUCCUCCUCCUCCUCCUCCUCCUCCUCCUCCUCCUCCUCCUCCUCCCUGAAACCCAGGUCCUUGUAGCAUCCCCCCCGGCGGAGGACAGUGGCACGGCCAGAAGGAGACAGCAUUUUGGUGCCAUAACCCAAGGGCUAACUCUUCCGUGUUCCUCACCAGCGUCUUCAAGCACCAUCAGGUCCCAAGGACCUUCUGCGCUUGCCCGUUUUUUACCUGGGAACUGUCCUGGCUCUGGCCUUAAACCACUGCCCCGGCGUCUGGGGCUGGUUUUUUAAUCCUAGAGAUGUUUUUGGGGAGUAUUUUCCAAACACCUCCGCAAUCCGUGGCUGCUAUGAAAACCUCCCCCCGCAUCUAAGACACCAGAGCGGCGAUGCUCCUGGCUGUAGGAACGUCCUCCUCGCCUCUCUGCUGAUGGUUUCCACGCUCAACUCUUAACAAAAGCAAGUGAAAAUCCAGUUUUUAAGAGAA